AUGGAAGAAGCCGAAUGUCCGCGGACCCCGGACUUGAUCGACUGGAGUCGCCCGCUGUCGCCCUGGGCUGAUGAAAACCCGGCGACGCGUACCGGUGAUGCCAAUGGCGGCAUGGACCCCGACUUGGAGGCGGACCGACAUGUUUCUGCCAGCGCUACAGGAACCGUGAGCACGGAAGUGCCGCCGUCUGUGUAUUUCACGAUACAUCGGAUUCGGCGUCUCGUACUCGCAAGUAUAGAUGACCCGUACACUCUGGACCAGCUCCGUGAGCCGCGGAUGAACCUACUGGUUGUAAGACCUCUUGUGGAUCGUUUAUAUGACCCCGACGACCCUGCUGUCGUCUACUGCCUCUUCGCGAACCGGAUCCAAUUUCUGAGGCAACACACUAGCACCGCGCGUCAGACCGUCAAUGUCGCCCGCGCUACCCUAUGCGAGCUUGUCGCCAGUCGCGUGCUGCGCCGAUAUCAUGAGGAUCAUCCCGGUCAGAUAGGCCUCCUCAUUUUGGCACAUAUACUUGUCGAAGGGUUUGAUCCCUUCCAGGGCGCACCCGAGGAGGUUGAGAGCGAGUGUCGCCAGCUGCAAUGGCCCAUCCAACGACGCGACGGGCAUGAGAGGAAGCUCACAACCUUGGAGCUGGCAAUCAUUUCGGAGAGCAAACUCUUUCUGAGUUCAUCGGCAUGCCAGAGGUUGGUUGACGCCGUUUGGAACGGAGUGGUAACCUACACCCCUCUGUCCUUUGUCGAUAUCCUUCCAGAUCAUUACGAAUACGCCUCGGUUUCUCUUUAUGAACCGCACCAGGCACCGCUGCUUGACGUGGGACGUCUAUUGGUCCCAUGGAUCCGACAGAUGAUAGAGCUGUUCCAGUUCAUUACCCUGGUCAUCUUAUACAUAUUGACAAUGGUGAACCGGAGCAGUCCCACUCUUAGUGGGUGGGAAUGCGUCUUUGCCAUAUACACUGCGGGAUGGACUCUCAAUGAAUUCGCAGCCAUCAUCGAACACGGCUGGGUUGUCCACUCUCAGACCCUGUGGUCGUUCCUCGAUAUUACGUUCAGCCUCAUCUUUAGCUGUUACAUUUUCGCACGCAUUUACGAUACCAUGGGCUAUCAAGGGGUUGUUGCCGACGGAUACGGCGUGCACAUUCUCUGCGUUGCCGCUCCUGUUCUUCUCACCCGCCUCGCCUUCACCCUUUUACCUGACAACAUUGUCUUCAUAGCCAUGCAUGCCAUGAUGAAAGACUUUACUCGUCUGACUUUCAUCUCCAUUUGGUGUUUCAUGGGCUUUUUCCUCGCCUUGCAUUGGCUGGUAGGAAGCAACGAUGACACGUCCGCUGUUGCCGGGGGAAAGGCUGCCCUGACUUGGUAUGAGACAUGCAAAUGGCUCAUAUGGACGUGGUUCGGACUAGACGGCACUGGCAUCGACCGUUCUGACGAAUUCCACCCGAUUCUCGGUCCGGCACUUAUGAUCGCAUUUGCAUUCCUCGGCAACAUUUUGUUUCUUACGAUUCUCGUCGCGAUUCUGAGCAACACGUUCUCAAAGCUGAUCUCCGACGCGCCCGCCGAAAUACAGUUUCGCCGCGCCGUACUAACGUUUGCGGGCGUGAAGAGCGACUCAAUAUUCUCAUAUCCACCCCCAUUCAACCUCCUUGCUCUCGCGGCACUAUUGCCUCUCAAGUCGAUGCUGAGCCCGCGGUCCUUCCACGACGUCAAUACCUCACUCAUCCGCGCCCUCAACGCACCGGCGUUGAUGAUCAUCAGCGCUCUUGAGCGGCGUCGUGUAGCACACCCGCGCCGUGCAAGGUCGCAGUCCCUUCUCAACUGGAGCUUCAGUGGUUUCAACCCACAUGGAGACAUCCAGGCAGUCUUCAAGGUGGAACCGCCGCCGGCUGUGGAGCGGGAGCUGGAAGAGCUAGACAACUUAAGCGACGUUGGCUUCGCGGAAAGCGAACUGGGCGACAGAGAACCAUGGGACGUUGGCCGGUCAAUGCCGAGACGGCGACCGGUUAGGAGGAGGCGUCCCGCAAGAAUGGGAUCGCCAAUCAGCAUUGUGUUCCCCCUGCCAAGUGUGCAGCGUGCUGGCACAAAUGAGUUUGAGCCAUUGUCUGGGUCACCUGUAAGGAGGCUGUGA